GGUUUGUCCUCGCCCUGUGCAUCAGCGGCUGGCGAGUGUGCGGGAUAGCAGGGGCGCGCAGGAUGGGCGAGAACGGCCGCUCGCCACCGCUCUGAAGAAUGUCAUCGAGUUGCCGACCAGCCCAGCAACCCCGCGAACCCCCACCUAGACUGUCCGUCAGAGAGGCGAUCCGGAACCGCAUGAAAAUGGUCAUUGAUCAGCUGGAAGUCAUUCUGCAGGAGCUCAAAGCGGUGGCCAAGGAACUCAAGGAGGUGGUCAAGCAGAUCGACAAGCUGACCUGUGACUUUGACUUUGAGUUGGAGCCGGACGACUGGACACUGGCCACGAUCAGCAGUACGUCCAGCAGUGACACGGUGAGGAACAUCGAACAAUGCGGGGCUCUGUCGGACUACGGCCAACUGGGCUUCUUCACCCCGGACAUCCUCUCCGACAGCUGGGAGUUCUGCUCGUUCCUGGAGCUGCCUCCGGAGAGGGCCAAAGCUGACCCAGGGGGCGAUGACAAGGAACUGCCGUCCACCCCGACCGAACCGGACUACAGGUUGAUGAACGGAGGUUUACUUCCCAAUGGGCCGGACUCUUCCAGCGAGGAGACGAUUGGUGGUGGUGGCCUCUUCCCCAAAGCCCUGCCCCGGAGCACUGGCACCAGGGAGCGUGUCCGCUUCAGUGACAAGGUGUUGUACCACGCGCUGUGUUGUGAUGAUGAGGAGGACGAGGCGCAGAGUGAGAGUGUGGUCACCGCCAUCAAUAACACCACCGCCACCGCUACCACCCAAACGCCAACACUGGGGACCGCAGCGACAGGGCUACCGGCAAGGACAGCGCCCACACACCACCGUCCUCCGCGCCCGACCCUGACCCACCCCCCGGACCGCAGGAAAGUCAUGAGAAAUAACAGCACACAGACUGUGUCUGACAAAAGCACCCAGACACUCCUGACUUAUGGGUCCUCCACAACCCAACACAACUCAAAGAAGGAGGACACCAAGUAGUCAACAUGUCCCCUCCUCUACUCUCCUCCAUCUG